AUGGCCAGUCGUCAUUCAAGAUUAGAAGCCGAAAGAUUGGCUAUCAUACAAAAGUCCAUGAGUAGAGGAAGAUCCAAAUCUCCAAAUAGAAGUAGAUCGAGUUCAGUUGACGAAGAAUUGAAAUGGUCAAUUAUCAAUCACGAUCCAUCUGAAAGAUUAGAUAAUGGUAAUAAUGAACAAAUUGAUUAUGAAGGAAGUGAAGAGGAAAAUAUUAGUGAUGAUGCCGAUAAUGAAAAAUUCCAAUAUGAUGAUACGGGGAAUAUUUUACCCAAUUAUGCCUGUCAUGAUGAAAAGAUUAAUGAAAUUCUGGAGAUAUUAGAAAAUUCCAAUUUAAACGAUAGUUCUACCAUUAAAAAAUUAGAAGAAUUGACAGCUAGUGAAAGGGCAUUGGCUAAUGCGAAAAAAGCUGGUAAACCUAUUGAUGAAUCAUUAUUACAGAAAUUACAGGAUGAAAAAUCAUCAUUCUUCGCCAAUGAAAAACUUGAUUUAUCAAAAUCUGAUCAAGAUUUCCAAAGUAGAAAGCAAAAAUUAGAAGAUUAUGCAACUUAUAGGAAAAAAAUCAUCGAUCAAGAGAAUGAAAAGUUCAAAGAAAGGUCAGAUAAUGAUCAUGAUCAUGAUUUUAUGAUUCCUUAUACGAGUGCAGUUGAAGAUAAAUUAGAUAGUGAAUUUGCUUUCCAUUUGAAUGAAACAAUUGUUGAAGGAGAAAUCGAUUCCAAUAAAACACAAUCCAGAGUGAUUCAAACCAUCACCAGAGGGAACUUUUUCCAAUUAAUUGACCCCAAAGUUAAACCUAAAAUGUUUUUACUUUGUAUGGAUUUCUCUCCUGAAUCAAUUUUUGCCUUAGAAUGGGGUUUAGGUACUGUUUUGGUUGAUGGGGCAGUGUUAUUUAUUAUUUAUGUUAUUGAAGAAAAUGAUACGAACCAUAAUAUCAAGGCUAAUACUAUGAAUGAGUCCGCUAGAGAACAACAUAGAUUGAACAUGUUAAAUAAAGCCAAACAACAGGUUUUAAAUUUGAUCAAAUUGACCAAAUUACAAAUUCAUGUAGUGAUUGAAAUAAUCCAUCAUCCAAUCCCUAGACAUUUGAUAUUAGAAAUUAUCGAUAAUCUACAACCAACAUUGGUAAUUGUUGGAUCUAAAGGUCAAAGUGCCAUUAAAGGUGUUUUGUUAGGUUCAUUAUCUAAUUAUUUAGUUACAAAACUGUCAGUACCGGUAAUGGUAGUAAGAGAGAAAUUAAAGAAGAUUAAUCGUUUCAAAAAUGGUUCUUCGGUGUUUUCUAAUAAUAUUAAACCUUUGACUUUAUCUGAAGCCAGAGUUGAUUAG